AUGAAGAUAUGGUUGCCCAACUUCGGCAUUGCCAAGCUUUUUACAGAAGACCGGAGAAUUUUGAUGAGUAAGACAAUGGGCACCAUUGGGUAUAUGGCUCCAGAGUAUAGGUCGACAGGAAUAAUAUCGCCUAUGGCAAAUGUUUAUAGUUAUGGGAUUAUGCUGAUGAAAACAUUUACCAAGAAGCAGCCAACAGAUGAUAUGUUUGUUGGAGAGUUCACCAUGAGGACAUUGGUGUUUGAAUCAUUCCAGGAUGCAAUAAUGCACACAGUGGAUGUGGAUCUAGUGAAUGUAGGUGAAGACAAUAUUGGAGCCAAAGGAAGCUUCUUAAUAUCGGUCAUGGGACUAGCGCUAGAAUGCACAGCUGAUUUGUCCAAGGAGAGGCUCAAUAUGAAAGAUGUUCUAACAAGGCUUAAGAAGAUCAAAAAUGAAUCUUGUUGA